AUGGAGGAGCGCGGGCCCCCUGACGUGCCAUUGAUCGUGACCCCGCCGUGCGCUUGCGCCGGCGCCGGCGGUGGGGCUGCGCUAACUACCUCUCGGCGGGCAGCCUCCGCGCGCGGCUCCCGCGAUGACCCUCCACUCUCCACUUGGCGUUCCUCCGUGCGUGUGCGCGACACCGGUUUUCGCGGAUCUCGCAAAAGCGUUGUCCGUCUUGAACCGCCCUGUAAUGGCCUCAACGGGUUGCCUGCCAUCGGCAAGGAGGUACUAUCAUUGGGCGCGACGGUCGGUCACAAGGGAACCACGCAGUCUCCUCAUCCCUGCACAAUCCUCCACCAUUCUCCUUAUAAGGCCGCUUGGGAUUGGUUGAUCCUAAUACUGGUAAUCUACACGGCGAUAUUUACUCCAUACGUGGCAGCCUUUCAACUAAAUGAGCCCGACUUCGAUAAACGUUCUCGCAGCUUCGGCGAAGAUCCUAUAGUUGUCAUAGAUAUGAUAGUGGACGUGACUUUCAUAAUAGACAUCCUAAUAAACUUCCGUACCACGUAUGUUGACGUGGCGGAUGAAGUGGAGUCUGACCCUACGAAAAUCGCCCUCCACUACUUGCGUGGUUGGUUUCUUAUCGAUCUCGUCGCCGCCAUCCCGUUCGACCUUCUUCUCUUCGGCACCGACACCGAUGAAACAACGACUCUCAUCGGACUGCUGAAGACGGCGCGACUACUUCGGCUUGUGCGCGUGGCGCGCAAAAUUGACAGAUACUCCGAAUAUGGAACCGCCGUACUCCUUCUCCUUAUGGCUACUUUUGUCCUUAUUGCUCAUUGGUUGGCUUGCUUAUGGUACGCUAUAGGCAGCUGGGAACGACCACAGCUUCAUGCUCCUAUAGGAUGGCUAGAUGCACUUGCUAAUGAUGUCCAAGCCACUUAUGAUAAUUCAACUGGUCCAUCCAUGAGGUCUAGGUAUAUAACCGCAUUAUACUUUACAUGUACCUCACUCACGAGUGUUGGUUUUGGUAAUGUUGCACCUAAUACUGAUAUGGAAAAGGGGUUCACAAUAUUUGUUAUGCUUGUCGGAUCACUCAUGUACGCAAGUAUCUUCGGCAAUGUAUCGGCUAUUAUACAAAGGUUAUACUCGGGGACUGCACGUUAUCACACACAGAUACUUAGAGUACGGGAGUUCAUUAGAUUUCAUCAGAUUGCCAAUCCGUUGCGCCAAAGGCUAGAGGAAUAUUUUCAACAUGCCUGGAGUUACACUAAUGGUAUCGACACAUCGAGCUUACUAAAAGGUUUCCCGGAAUGUCUACAAGCUGAUAUCUGUCUUCACCUGAACCGCAACUUACUUACGAACUGCUCAGCUUUUGAAGGUGCUAGUCCCGGUUGUUUACGAGCGCUCUCCCUUCGCUUUAAGACUACUCAUGCACCUCCCGGUGAGACGCUCGUUCACCGUGGUGACGUGCUCACAUCUAUCUACUUUAUCUCCAGGGGAUCUAUUGAAAUUUUGAAAGACGAUAUCGUUUUGGCUAUUCUGGGUAAGGACGAAAUCUUUGGCGAGAAUCCCUGUAUUUACCCAACAGUGGGCCGCAGCAACUGCCGAGUGCGAGCACUCACCUACUGCGACUUGCACCGAGUACAUCGUGAUGACCUACUCGAUGUACUUGACUUCUACCCAGAGUUUCGAUCCUCCUUCGUUAACAACCUCGAAAUCACUUAUCCCAUGAGAGACGAGGAGCUUUGCGGUAUAGAACCGCGGCGCCGAAUGCGCUACGAAAACCCAUACGACGCAAGACUGCUACGCGAGGCAUAUGCUCGCAACACGCGUCGCCCACACACUGAAACUUUUGCCGAAAAAGUAGACUCACAAUGUAGCGAUGACGACACUGAGUCUCCAGCAAGCCGGGGCAUCUUAGAAUUCUCAGCGGACAAAGCGGGCCAAGAUGUCACCCCCCUCAACUUUAACUUCAGCAAACAGCGCUCCACCACGCUUAACUCUAUUACCGCUCAAUCUACUCCUCAAACAUACAGAAGUCGUCCAGGUGUUCGCCGACAAUCGUCAGUAGGUCCAUUAAACGACACGUCGCCGUUAACGGGAUGUCCGGCGGCUGGAGAGCCAGCAGUGAGCACGCCGGCGCAUAGCGCGACACUACCUGUUUCGAGCCUUAGCACGAAUCCAAGCUCGUACUAUACAAAUGCAUCGCCGUCGCCGCCGGCCGCGCCCUCAGUUCACCAGCACGUCUCCUGCGAUGACAUCCUCGCGACUCCUGCGCCACCCUCUGCUGCGCGCACCCCAUCAUGCCGCUCGGCGCCGCACUCAGCCGUCAAUCUCCACCAGACGGGACGACCGGCCGCCCUCUCUUUCUCUAACGAGAAAACACAAAACGCUGCAGCUGCACAGGACAGCAUAUCACCACAGUAUCAAAACGUGGGUACAGCUGCGACCGCCGCAUCUGUAGCGACUGUACUGACUAGACUAGAGGAACUAAGCCGUCGAGUGGCGGUGUUAGAGACUGGCCUCACGGCCGAUGUGCGACGCAUUUUGCAACUACUGCAGGCGCGUGAGGUACCUGCGCACCACAACGCGCAGCCUGUGCAUACGCCCUCCACAGUACUACCUAAGGCCUCUCUCUCUGUACCCCAGACGAACGAGUGGGAGUUGAAUUGGAACGGCGAGCGGGACCGUGAACGAGGAGGUCGCUGCGGGCGCGGUGAUCGCACGCCCGGCGUGCAGCGCUCAGCAUCGGAGCCCCACGCGCCCUUGCCGCCAGCACUGCCACCGCCCCCGCAUUCGCACUCGUUCUAUAGGUAG